GACUUUGUCGCGUGAUGUUUGUUCUGAUUAAAUUCCUUCGUCGUCGAAAACUGCUCGAGGAAAAAAAGCUUUCGAUUUGCACGAGUGAAUUUAAUUCCAGAAUACCGAAGAAAACCAACCAAGUCAUCUAGUUAGAGGUGCCUAAAGUUAAACUGAACACCUUGGAGUGAAUAAAGAUGGCCGCAGCACAAGAGUAUUCCACAGAAGAACUUAACUACUUCAGAGUUUGCAACCUCACCACUCGAAUCAUUGCUGACGGACUACGAGUAGUCUUCGAACAAUUAUGGGACACUCAUUACCAGGCUACACACGGCCAGUGGCAAGAUACGGCUAAGAAUGGCAUUGAUUUGUACAGCAUGGAAUCUUCUAAAAGUCGUAAGAGAAAUUCACGAGAACUUUUAAUUUUGAGAAAUGGCAAUAGUCGUGAAUGGGACUGUACCAGUCUUUCUUUUGCCAUUCUUUAUUCAGAUAGUAUUGGCAAGGCUCUCGAUCCCGUUGUUAAGAAAGGCGUGGAUGAUUUACGUCAGUUCCGUAAUAAAGUCUUUGCUCAUGUGUCUGAUGGAAAGCUGACAGUAAGGGAUUUUCAAACCUCUAUCCAGACGGUCAUAGAUGCUUUUAGCGCCCUGAAACUAGACACUGCUGGUAUCGAGGCAAUCAAAAACCAGAAAACAUUUCCUACAGAGGAACUACGUCUCAUUCAGCAACAGUUAGAAAAGGAGAAAAUACGUAACGAGGAACCACGAUCGUUUUGUGUUUUGCCACCCAAACCAUCCCACGAAGUUAUCGAUCGUUCAAGCGAAAUGAAUGAGAUACUACAAGAGAUGAAAAGGUUGAGAAGCAUAAAAAGAAAUGAAAUAACUGUUAUUUAUCUGUCUGGGAAUCCUGGCUGUGGCAAAAGUGAAAUAGCAAGGCAGAUAGGCGAGAGUGUUUUCGAUGAUGUUCCCGAUAACGCGACAGAUCAAGUAAAGUUUGUGUUCGCCCUUAACGCAUCCAGUAUAGACACAUUGAUACAAUCAUAUAUUGAAUUUGCAAUUACUUUAAACUGCGAUGAGAAUUCUACUACGAGUAUUGGAACAUCAAAAGAUCUUUCUCCGGAAGACAAACUUAUUCAUCUUAAAAGUCUUGUAGCUCCCAAACUGCGAAAGUAUUCUUCAUGGCUCUUGAUUGUGGAUAACGUCACAGACGUUAAAUCAGUCUUCAGAUUCUUACCACAAGCGGGAGAGAAGACGGAGGGCAAUGGUCAGAUACUUAUUACCACACAAGACAGUCGAUCCAUUGUUGCCUAUGAUUCGUACACUUACCAUUUAUCCCUUAGUCGCGGUAUGAAACCUGAYGAAGCGGUAAAAACACUWUCURAAAUAUCGGGCGUUUCUUCAAAUAAAGAAUGCAUUUUACAAGUUGCGAAGGCUCUAGAUUACCAGCCACUAGCACUAGCGUGUGCAGCAACUUACAUGAAGCGUGUAAGUGAUAUAACGUCAAUCUCAUGGGAAGAAUAUUUACAGAAGAUUCAACAAGGCAAGAGAGAAGCGACUGAAGGGGAAUAUAAAAGAAUUAGCGUAACUUACCCUCAAUCGAUGACUGCAGCAGUCAAGUUGGCCUUAGAAAAAGAAAUGGCUGCAGACAAGGUUAUGAUGCAUACUUUUCAGUUCUUGUCUGCGUUGGGCCCUGAGCGGAUAUCUUUGGAAUAUGUCGUACAAUAUGUAACACGGUGUAUGCCAGAUCAAGACGACGACCUCGUGGCUGCCACUGUCUUUUCAUCUUCACUUAUUCUUUCUUCUUCAGAAGACCAGUCAAAAGAAAUUGGUGUACAUCAAGUUGUACAUAGCUGUAUACAAGAUAUUGUUCUAAACAAGAGCAAAAACGAAGAAUUUUAUUUCUUGGUAAACGUAAUUAAUGCUUUUUCAGUACUUUUAAACGUCUUUGAUGAGGACAACGUCAAUCACAUUAAAACAACAAAAUUGGUAGCAGUGCAUUUUAUGCACCUUUCAAAACAUUUAUCCAAUUUUAGAACGAAAUCUUUAUCCCCCAUAAAACGAAAAACGAAUUUUCAACAAGGACACAACGAGUCCGUGAGUUGCUUCACCUCUGCGGGAAACGUCUGCCAAACCCACGCUAAGCACGAAGCUGCAAAAACAUUCUUUCAAACAGUACUUAUGAUGGAAGAAUUUUAUCAUCAUUGUAAUCAUCCAAAACUUGUUACUCCAUUGAAUAACCUAGGACUUAACCUCCGUGAUCUGGGCAGGCAUGAAGAAGCGCAAAAAUGUUUCGAGAGAGCAUUGGCUAUUCAAGAGAUGGCGUAUGAUCAAAAUCAUCCAGCACUUGCUACUAUAUUGAAUAAUCUAGGAUUGAACCUCCUUGAUGUUUACAAGCAUGAAGAAGCGCAGAAAUAUCUCGAGAGAGCAUUGACUAUUCAAGAAAUGGUGAUGGAUCAAAAUCAUCCAACACUUGCUUCUAUAUUAAAUAAUCUAGGAUCGAACCUUAUUGGUUUGGGCAAUCAUGAAGAAGGUAUGAAAUGUUUCGACAGAGCAUUAAAAAUUAAAGAGAUGGCGUAUGGCCAAAAUCAUCCAGCACUUGCUAGUACAUUGAAUAAUCUAGCAUCGAACCUCCGUGAUCUGGGCAAGCAUGAUGAAGCGCAGAAAUGUUUCGAGAGGGCAUUGGUUAUUGUUGAGAUGGCGUAUGGUCAAAAUCAUCCAAAAUGUGUUACUGCAUUGAAUAAUCUAGCAAUUAAUCUCCGUGAUCUGGGCAAGCAAGAAGAAGCGCAGAAAUAUCUCGAGAGAGCAUUGGCAAUUCAAGAGAUGGCGUAUGAUGAAAAUCAUCCAACACUUGCUACUACAUUGAGUAAUCUAGGAUCGAACCUCCGUGAUCUGGGAAAGCAUGAAGAAGCGCAGAAAUGUUUCGAGAGAGCAUUGACUAUUCAAGAGAUGGCGUAUGAUGAAAAUCAUCCAACACUCGCUUCUAUAUUCAAUAAUCUAGGAUCGAACCUCCGUGAUUUGGGAAAGCAUGAAGAAGCGCAGAAAUGUUUCGAGCGAGCAUUGGCCAUUCAAGAGAUGACGUAUGAUCAAAAUUAUCCAAAACAUGCUUCUAUAUUGUAUAAUCUAGGAUCGAACCUCCGU